ACCCGGGUGCACAAUGCUCACUGUGCACCCUGUUUUUAAAUGAACAUAUAGUUCAAAUACAAAGAACAUAUUGUUCAUACUCAAAGAACAUAUAGCCAAUGAACAUAUAGUUCAAAUGCAUAGAACAUAUAGUUUAAAUAUUUCACUAGUACAUGUACAUUGAAAUCAUUCUAAAUGUUCAUUAGAUUUUCGAUAAAUGUUCAACAGGGUGCACCAUGAGCACUGUGCACCCGGAUGUAUAAUCCAAAGAUUUUGGAAAAUAAAAACGCCUAAUUUGUCAAGAUCAUUCUCCAUCGAUGUUGUACCCUAUAAAUAAAUAACCAAGUUGGUUGAUUUGUUAGAACCAAAACUCAGAAAUCCCUCGAAAAAGAAAAGAAAAGAAAAACUCAAGAUUUUAAUCUGAAACACUUGAAGUUUACGAAUUACAAUGGGUGAAAGGAAAGUACUGAACAAGUACUAUCCGGCGGAUUUCGAUCCGGCCAAACUCCCUAGACGUAGGCAACCCCAAAAUCAUCAAAUCAAAGUGCGGAUGAUGCUCCCGAUGAGUAUUAGAUGCUGUUCGUGUGGAAAUUACAUGUAUCAAGGGACUAAAUUCAAUUCCAGAAAGGAAGACGUUAUUCGAGAGAUUUAUUUAGGAAUGAUCAAAGUUUUUAGGUUUUAUAUAAAGUGUACGAAUUGUUCUUCGGAGAUCACGAUGAAGACCGACCCGAAAAAUAGCGAUUACCAAAUCGAGUCCGGCGCCACGAGGAAUUUUGAACCGAGUAAUCCAGAUAAAGAAAUUGAUGAUUUUGAAGAGGAUAAGAUGAAAUCUGUUGAGAUUCGUGCCCGUGAAUUGAAACGGCAAGCUGAAUCCGUGGCCAACAUUGAGGAACUUAGAUCUAUGAAGUCGAAGCAUGAGGUUUUGAAUCUGGAAGCAGGAAUACUAGAUGUGUUGCAUCAUCAGGAAAAGAAGAUGGAUGACAAAUUGAUGUUUCCGCCAGCACGCUUGAUUACGAAGCAGUAUCCGAUUGUGCCAAUUGUGAAGAAACGGAAGGUGUAUGAAGAUGCAGUCAUCAGUUUUGUUGUCAAGAAGAGGAAACCAGUUCGAAAACUCGAAGAGAAUGAUACUGGCUGUAGUGGACUCGGUUUACUUUGUGAGUAUGAUUUCGAAGAUGAUCAAUAGUCCGACAGUCUAUGAUUGUGUGUGAUGUAAACAAAAUAUGAAUGUCAAGUUUCUCUGUCAGUGAACUUUGUUGCAUACAUCCAUUGUGAAUGCUUUUGUUGUGGAAAAGGAGUUUUCAGUUUGAAUAUUAGAAGUACUCUCUAUUGUUCUUCAUUUGUCCUGUUUUUCAUGUUAAUGAUAAUUGACUAAUUGAGCGCACUGUUCUAUAUUCUUUUCAUUGUUGCAUAUACUUC